AUGACAGAUAUUAGUACAAUUGAACAAAUGACUGUGUAUAAGAUAUGUAGAUCUUGCUGGAUUAUACGAGAAGAUUUUGUAGGUUUUGUUGAAAUGAACUCAACAACAGGUUUAGCAAUAAAAAAUUCAAUUUUAGAUAAGCUUAAAGAUAUUCGUUUAAGUAUAAACAACCUCAGAGGGCAGGGAUAUGAUGGUGGUGCAAAUAUGUCGGGGAAAAAUAAUGGUGCUCAAGCUCUAAUUCAAAAUGAGCAACCACUUGAUUUCUACACACAUUGUUUCAGCCAUUCAUUAAAUCUUUGUCUGUCUAAAGCUUGUAAUAUUCCAUCUAUUAUAAAUAUGUUGGGAAUCGUGUCUUGCGUUGCUACUUUUUUUAGUGCAUCUGCAAAAAGAGCUGAUAAACUAAAGUCAGUUAUUGAAGCAGGCACAACUAGUAAUUCUGAACAAAGUAAAAAAAUGAAAUUAAAGAAACUGUGUGAAACUCGGUGGGUGGAACGUCAUGAUGCUCUAAUAACAUUUAAGAGCUUAUACAUAUACUUAGUUCAUGCACUUGAAGAUCUACAGAAUGAUACUAAUCCUGAAACUUCGUGUAAAGCCACAUUGUACUUAAAUUCUAUUAUGAAAAGUGAUUUUUUAGUGUCACUAGAAGUCACUGUUACUGGUUUUUCAUAUACAUUGCAACUUAGUAUAUCAUUGCAAAGUAAGCAGCAAGAUUUGUCAAAGGCAUUGUCUGAUAUAAUGGUGGUUCGAUGCGCAUUAGGGGAGCUUCGAGAAAAUGCAGAUGUUAACUUUAAAAAAAUGUUUAAAGAUAUCGUUGAAUUUUCAGCAAAAGUUGAUGUCGAAAUAAGUAUGCCACGAGUUUGUGGACGACAAACUCAUAGAGUCAAUAUAAAUGUAACCAAUCCAGAAACAUAUUUUAAAAUUUUAGUGUAUUUGCCAUUUCUUGAUUAUAUAAUUCAAGCUUUGCAUACACGAUUUGAUGAUAGACUAUCUGAUGUUAUGCCUCUGGAAGGACUGAUUCCAUCAAAUUUUAGUUUUUAUGAUGAUGAUUCUAUUUUAAAGGCAGCUAUGAUUUAUGAAAAAGACCUUACAUAUUGUGAUAGUUCAUGUCUUAGAGCUGAACUACAUAUGUGGAGAUGUCAGUGGUAUAAUUAUUAUGACAAACCACAAUCAGUUAUUGAUACACUACCUCACUGUACUAAUCUAUUACCAAACAUCCAGGUACUGUUCAGACUGUUUGCCACUUUGCCAAUUACUUCUGCUACUCCAGAAAGAUCAUUUUCAACUUUGAAACGUUUGAAAUCCUACUUAAGGUCGACCAUGACAGAGGAGCGUCAAGCAAACACCGAUCGAACUAAAUUAGAUAAAGUUGAUAAUAAUUUGAGCGGAUCAGCAGUGUUUAAUUAA